AUGUUUCGCCGAGUCACCGUCGGACUCUUAGCGCGAACCACUGAGGCUCGACCCUUCUCCACCGAUCUCCAAGCAGCACAAACCGUGGACUCAACAUUUGUGGAGGCGUGGAAAAAAGUAGGACCAAACUUGGACCCACCAAAGACUCCACUUUCUUUCAUGCGACCUCGGCUUCCUACUCCUUCUGCUAUCCCUUCUAAGCUUUCUGUUAACUUCGUAAUUCCUUAUGCUUAUGAGGUUUCUGGUAAAGAGGUCGACAUGGUAACAAUUCCGGCAUCAACUGGGCAGAUGGGUGUUCUUCCAGGACAUGUAUCAACAAUCACAGAGUUGAAACCUGGGGUACAAUCAGUGCAUGAAGGAAAUGAAGUGACGAAGUAUUUUGUUAGCAGUGGCUUUGCAUUCAUCCAUGCCAACUCGAUUGCUGAUAUAGUGGUGGCUGAGGCUGCGCCCCUUGAUCAAAUUGACUCCAGCCUAGUUCAGAAGGGUCUUGCAGAGUUCACCCAGAAGCUAAGCUCGGCCUCAACUGACUUGGAGAAAGCUGAAGCUCAAAUCGGAGUUGAUGUGCAUAGUUCUCUCAAUGCUGCUCUCACAGGCUAG